UUUCCUUUUCGGACUUAAUUUUAACGUGGAUGGUGCUGAAUGGAUGGCGCCUUGUCCACUUUUUACAUAUUUGGGUAUUCAUUUAUAUAUUUGCCGCGAGAUUGAAGAUCUCGAAUACGGUGUUGCAUCAAAAAGUCGUAACGGCGGGCAAUCCGUUUCAAUACGUUAUCCAGAUAUAAGCAAUGUUGAGAUUUCGGGGAAUUUCAUGUUCGGUUGA